AUGUCUACCCAAGCCCCUCACAACACCCUCCUCAUCCCGGGUCCCAUCGAAUUCGACGAUGCCGUGCUGCAGUCGAUGUCCCAUUAUGCCGAGAGCCACGUCGCUCCCGGCUUCGUCAAGGUCUUCGGUGAGACCCUGACCCUGGUGCGCAAGCUGUUCCAGUCCACCAACCCCGCCGCGCAGCCCUUCAUCAUCUCCGGUAGUGGCACCCUCGGUUGGGAUCUCGUCUCCGCCAACCUGAUCGAGAAGGGGGAGAAUGCCCUGGUCCUGAACACCGGAUACUUUGGCGAUUCGUUUGGCAACUGCUUGCAGACAUACGGUGCCGAGGUGACUCACCUCCGCGCCCCCAUCGGCGACCGCCCUUCCUUCGAGGAGGUCGAGCAAGCCCUCAAGCAGAAGCCCUACAAGCUGGUCACCAUCACCCACGUCGACACCUCCACGGGCGUUCUCAAUGACAUCAAGCGCAUCGCCCAGAUCGUCCGCCAGGUCAGCCCUGACACUCUGGUCGUGGUCGACGGUGUGUGCAGCGUUGGCUCCGAGGAGAUCGCAUUCGAUGAGUGGGACUUGGAUGCCGUGGUCACCGCCAGCCAGAAGGCCAUUGGCUGCCCCCCGCGCAGCCAGUCCCGCCAGACCCCACCGGCCUCCUACUACGCCUCUAUUGCCAAUUGGCUUCCCAUCAUGCAGAACUACGAGAACAACAAGCCCUCGUACUUCGCCACCCCACCUACUCAGCUCGUCCACGCCCUGCACACCACUCUUAGCCAGAUCACUGCCCGGCCUAUGGCCGAGCGCUUCGCGAUCCACACCCAAGCUUCUGACAAGGUCAAGGCAGCCGUCGCGGAGCUGGGCCUGUCUCAGCUGGCUCCCAAGCCCGAGUGCCAGGCUCACGGCAUGACUGCCAUGUACCUGCCUGAGGGGCUGACCCCGCCCGAUGUGCUGCCGGGUCUCCUGAAGCGCGGCGUGAUCUUCGCAGCUGGUCUGCACAAGGAGGUCGCUACCAAGUACAUCCGGUUCGGUCACAUGGGUGUCAGCAUUAGCGACCCCAACCGCAAGGACAUUGACAACGCCCUGGCGGCGCUGAAGGAGGCUCUCGCUGAGGCCAAGCAGGCCAAGGGUCUUUAA